AUGAAAAGCAAAGUUAGAGAGAUAUGGAUUGAUGAGAAUACACAAGAAAUGAAUGGAUUUGAAAUACUUGAAGAAGAAAGAAUUGAGAGUGGUUUAGUAUUUGAUUUUAAUAUUAAAUUUGGAUUAUACCUAAAAGAAAUUGAAGAAGAAGAAGCAAGAGAUUCAAUGAAUUUAAAGACAAUAAGUAAACAAAAAUACUAUGACCAUUCUGAAUAUAUAAUUAUUGCAGAAGAAGUUAGUAAAUAUCAAAAAGAAGGAAAAGAAUGGGUAGAGAAAACAAUUGAACAUUGUCUAAGAAUUAGAAUUAACAAAACAAAUGAUGAAGCAAUAAUUCAUAAUAUAUGUAGUGAUAUUUAUAAUACAAUUAAAGACAUUAAUAAUAUAGAAACAAAUGGAAUUGAACAAAUAGAUAUUCAACAAAUACCAUCAGAAUUAAGUAGACAAUAUCUUGAAAAAAUAUUUAAAGUAUUUGGAUAUGAAUUACCAACAGAUCCAGUAUUUCCAGGAACUAUCCCAAUAUUUCUAAGUAGACAACAUUAUAAAAUACUUCAUAAUAUUAGGUUUCAUGAUAAAGCAUUACCACAAUACUUACUUUGUGAAAAAUCUAAAGGAAAAAAAUAUUUUUUAAUGAUUGAUAAUAAUGAGGUGUUGUUGGUUGAUGAAGAAAUGAAUGUGUUUAGUGUUCAAUAUCCAUUAAUCUCAACUAUUUAUAAAGAAGGAUUAACAAUUAUUGAUGGAGAAAUGAUAGAAAAUAUUCAAACAAAAAAACCAACCUUUUUAUGUAAUGAUAUUUUAAUUUAUAAAAAUACAGUUACAACUAACUAUUUGUUUACUGAAAGACUUCAAAUUUUAGGAAAAGAAAUUAUUUUAAAAUUUAGAGAAGAAAUUUCAAAAAAUAAUGUUCCAGAUGAUGAAAUUAUAUUCUUUUUAAAUACAAAACCAUUUAUUGAAAUUAAACUUAUUACUAAAUUAUUUGAAGCUAUGAAAAAAACAAAAUAUGGAAUUACUUAUAUUGAUGGAAAAAGAUUCCAUUUAACUGAAGGAUUUUUAUUUUAUCCAAACUCUGAGUAUAUUCCUUUUACAAAUAAUUAUUUCUUUAAAUGGCAAUUUAAUGAUACAAUUACUUGUAAAUUAGGAAUUCAAGAACAAUUUUAUAAAAAUUCUCGUAAAGUGUCUUUAUGUUGUAAAUCUUAUUAUAAUACUUCUGUUGUUUAUUUGCAACAAGUUAAUUUUGAUAAUCGUGAUCUGUGUUUAUUAGAAGCUGAUAAAAUUAAAUAUAAUGCUGAUGAAAAUGCAGUGUUAGAAUGUUGCUAUAAUUCAAAAGAAGGAAGAUGGAAAUAUUUAAGAAUAUUAUCAAAUGAUGGAAACUUUGAUACUAUUAAUACAAUUAUCACUAUAUUGGAAUCAAAUGCAGGUCAAAUUGAUAUUGAAGAGUUAAUGUUUUCUAUUCAAAAUUUAUCAUAUGUUAAUGAAUGGAAACGUCUUACUGAAAAAGCUUCUUUAAAUGUUUUGAAGUCUUUAAAUCUUUAA